UACCAAAGCGGCUCAAACUGGGUGAACGAAUGCAAUCCAGCCAUGGACAAUAGUGGUCACCACACGGCGACCAAAAUCCUAGCGACUUCUCCGGCCAGAGAAAGCCUGUCUUCCAGGAGCAACAUGAUCAGCACGCCCAAGCCCCUCGCCUUCUCCAUUGAGCGCAUCAUGGCGCGGACGCCAGAGCCCCGCUCCAUCCCCGUCCCGCAGCUCCUCCACAGCUCUGUGGCCAAAGGCGACCCCAAGCACCCGCUACACCUCAACUCCUCCAUCCCCUGCAUGAUUCCCUUUGUCCCGGUGGCUUACGACCCUCUGCCCAAAACAGCGGUGGCCGGAGCGGAACCCAGGAAAGCUCAUUCAGACUCUUCUUCCUCGCCCUCCUUUAGCUGCGGCGAUCUCUUGAACUGUGCCCUGAGCUUGAAAGGAGAUUUCCCCCGCGAUGCCCUGCCCUUGCAGCAGUACAAACUGGUAAGACCCCGAGUGGUCAAUCACUCCUCCUUCCACGCCAUGGGAGCCCUGUGCUAUUUCAACCGAGGCGACAGCCCCUGUCACCCGUCCUCCAGUGUCAACAUCCAUCCGGUGGCUUCUUAUUUCCUCAGCUCUCCCUUACACCCUCAGCCCAAGGCUUACCUGGCGGAGCGGAACAAGCUGGUGCUACCGGCUGUGGAAAAGUACCCGGCGGGGGUGGCCUUCAAGGACUUGUCACAGGCUCAGCUGCAGCAUUACAUGAAAGAAAGUGCUCAGAUCCUCUCGGAAAAAAUCGCCUACAAGAACUCGGAGUUCAGCCGCAGCUCCCCGAGCAGCAAGCCCAAAGUUUUCACGUGUGAAGUUUGUGGAAAGGUAUUUAAUGCACAUUAUAACUUAACUCGUCAUAUGCCGGUGCACACCGGAGCCAGACCCUUUGUUUGCAAAGUUUGUGGCAAGGGCUUCAGACAGGCAAGCACGCUCUGCCGGCACAAGAUCAUCCACACCCAGGAAAAGCCACACAAGUGUAACCAGUGCGGCAAAGCCUUUAACCGGAGCUCGACCCUGAACACGCACACGCGAAUACAUGCCGGCUACAAACCUUUUGUGUGUGAAUUUUGUGGCAAAGGAUUUCACCAGAAAGGCAAUUACAAAAACCACAAACUGACUCACAGCGGGGAGAAACAGUUCAAGUGCAAUAUCUGCAACAAGGCUUUCCACCAGGUGUACAACCUGACCUUCCAUAUGCACACCCACAACGACAAGAAGCCCUUCACCUGCCCCACCUGUGGCAAGGGCUUCUGCAGGAACUUUGACCUCAAGAAACACGUCCGCAAGCUGCACGACAGCGCCCUGGGACUGCCCCGGCCCCCGGCAGAGCUGGAGAGUCCCGACCAGCUGCCCUUGCCUGGGCCGCCGCCGCCGCAGGGCCCGCCGCCGCCGCUCCAGCCGUGA